AUGGCUACGGCAAGCGCUGCGGCGGCCGAGCAGGCGGCGGAGGCGCGGAGCAUGGAGCUGGAGGCGGCGGCGAACCGCUGGGCCGUCCUCUUCUACGCCCACCAGGCCUUCCGGGCGUUCCGGGCCGGGAACAGCCAGGACUUUCGGCAGCUACGCGACGUCCUCACCGCCGUGUUGGCGCGGCCGGUGGCGCUGGAGGAGCCGAUCCGGAUCCAGCUGCGGAUUAUCCAGAUCCUGUCCAGGCUGGAGGAAGGUGAGCGUUUAGAUUGGACCAUUGAUUCAGAAACUGAGCUCACACCUCUUGAAAACGGGCUUGCCCUUCUGGAGAAGCUCAGAGAGGAAUGCCUCAUCAAGGUGGAAAUAAUGGAAGAAUUAAAGAGAAGAAUAAAGGAGGCUGCUGUUAUCACCUGUAUUAAGAACAAAGAAUAUGAACAUGCCAACAAAGUCUUAAAGAAGUACCUGUCACAGGAUCCAAGCAGCAAGCAAAUUAAGGCUAUUUUGCAUCACAUCAUCCAAGAGAAAAACUCUUCUCAUCCAGCCAUCUGUCAGUUCUCCUACAAAGCUUUCCAGCAGCGGAUUCUUCUCUUCUUUGAACCUUACUUGGAUGAUUCUGAGCCAUUUCUCUUAGUGAUGGCAAAAAAGUAUUGCGAUGAUCAUGUGAAGUCCAAGGAGAGCCCAGCAGCAACAGCAGCUAGCAGGGCGAGAAUGGCUGUUUUGGGGGCUGCACAAGAGGCCCCUGAGACCUCGAGGACAGCAAAUGGAGAGAGAGUAGGAAAACUCAGCGAGGCCCCAGAGGCAGGAGGAAGGCCGGAGUCUGGAGCAGGAACCGGAGAAACAGCAGCAAAAUCUUUGCCAGCACUGGAUGAACGUGAAGUCUUGGGCUGCACGGAGGCUGCCGAUGAGCCCACCAAAGCAUCCACACAGGUGGAUGGAGCGACAGGGACAGCAGAGCCCGCUGACAUGGCCCCCGUGUCUGCGGCUUCCGACGACUCAACGCAGGCCUCAAGCCUGAAGCCGGCUUUCUACGUGCUUUCUGUGCUGAGAGAAGCCUUCAAGAUUCUUUCUGAUGCCCCAGACCCUGAGGAGGCCUUCUUGCAGCUGGACAAGACUGACUGGACUUAUUCCAAGCCACUCUCACCUUCCAGCUCCCCCAGAGCUAAACGCCAGAAUAUGGAAAACGUCGCUGUCCCGGCUCUUCUCGGCCUGGAGAAGAUCAGAUCUGUGCCCUCUAUAAGCAACAUGCUCUUGUGGAAAGAGGGGGAACAUCGCAGGCAUUCCCCUACCAGGCAGUUGGUUGCAAAGCCACUUGUGACUCUGGAGGUCCAGUCAUCAGAGUGUGAAGAGAGCCAUCCAAGUGCACUACCCCCAGGUUCCAGGAGGGCCAAACAAGUGGCUCUUUCCGUUCUUCAGGAAGAGAAGGAAUCCUGGAGUGAUGAGGACGAGAUCUUCAUGGACCAGCAAUUAGAGUGGUCAGUUGGCACCAACACUUCUGGGGCUAAGAAGAAGUGGUCUUUAGAAGAGUCUGCAUGGAUCAAGGAAGGUGUAGAGAAGUUUGGGGAGGGGAACUGGAAAGCUAUUUCUCAAACUUAUCCUUUUAAGGAUCGUACAUCUGUGAUGAUCAAGGACCGCUGGCGAACAAUGAAGAAACUGGGAUUAAACUGAAUUUGAGGAAAGAUUGUGCCUUGAAUUUAUUGUGUUAGCUGUCGCCCUGCCUUAAAUAUAUUAUGUAAAAUAGG